AUGUUUCGAACACAACUUCUUCGGAAUGCAGCUCGUGCUGCCAGAGCUUCAACAAAGGCAACUUUGCCUCGCACAUUACCAGCUUUAUCUUCGAGACCGAUCCACAACACAGCUUCCCUUCGUGAGAAGAUUGACGAUCCACUACACGAAGGUUCUUUUGCACGAACCGAUUCCUCAGUGCAUGUCGAGUAUCCAGAAGAGCAUGAAUUGCCAUCCAGUAAACCGGUACAAGGCAGAGGUGGGCUUCAUUUCAAGCGUACACUUGCAUCCUUCUCUCUAGAAGGUAGAGUUGGAGUCGUCACUGGAGGUGCCAGAGGUCUGGGACUUGUCAUGAGUCAAGCCAUGGUUAUUAGCGGUGCUGAUAUUGCGAUUGUCGACAUGAACAAGGAGGAAGCCGAAAAGCAGGCAGGAGAGCUUGUUGCUUCAUUCAAGAGAGAAAACCCAGGAGCAGAAAAUGUUCCUAAGGUUACCGCUCAUUAUGCAGAUGUAUCCUCCCAAGAAUCCGUCGAUGCUGCCAUUGCCGAAAUUAUCUCUCAGCACGGAAAAAUUGAUAAUUUAGUGACAUCAGCUGGGUUUACAGAGAACUUUGAGGCCAUCAAUUAUCCAAUUGACCGAGUACGAAAACUGUGGGGUGUCAACGUGGAUGGAACAUACCUGUUUGCAAUUGCGGUUGCAAAACACUUGAUGGAGCGUAAGGCUCCGGGAAGUAUGGUGUUUAUUGGCAGUAUGUCCGGUGCCAUUGUCAAUGUUCCACAACCCCAAGCGCCGUAUAACGCGGCCAAGGCUGCUGUCCGACAUCUUGCCUCAUCCUUGGCUGUAGAAUGGGCUCACGCUGGCAUCCGAGUCAACUGCAUCUCCCCCGGAUACAUGCUGACCGCAUUAACUAAGAAGAUUUUGGAUGAAAACCCAGACUUGAAGAAACAAUGGACUUCCCUCAUUCCUCAAGGUAAGAUGGGUCAGCCAGAAGAUCUUAUGGGAGCCGUUACUUUCCUCUCGUCAGAUGCAUCUAAUUACGUUACUGGAGCCGACUUACGAGUAGAUGGAGGUUACACCCUCACUUAA